GCCAGCGGGUCGUGGCACUUUUCUUUGAGUCAAAAUAUGAUGAUAGUACGUUGUGGCCACUCGUAAGUAAUUGAUACGGCUGCUUCUAUAGCUCAUGUGCCAAUAAAGCUCCGCUCGCUCCCACUCGUGGUGCAGGAUGGCGCUGAGUAACGGACUUUCCAUCUUCCACCAGAAGGUCCUGAAAGAGCAGGAUGUCAGCUCGAUUUGCAGUGACCUGCAGCGGGACGAGACUUUCUGGCUGGCGAAGAAGCACGCCCAGGAGAAGCUGCUGGCGCAGGUGUACAGGCACGAGCCUUUUCGUGGAAAUUGGUUUUCAGCAAGCAGUUCGGGGGCGGAGGCAGCGAAUCCGAAGCAGAAACCCGAAGACAAUUCCUCCGGCGAUGUCACCAUGGCAGAGAUAAAGAAAAUGGACUCGCAGGCACUGGUCGCACCCGCACUGCCGCUGAUUCGAAACAAGGUGCGGAAUUUCACGUACACCAAAAUGAUGCGGCUCAACAAGGACCGCCACGUGUACCGGAACAUCUUUUGCCCGGAAUAUCCGAUCCCACCAAGUAUGGGGUGAGAAAGAACUACCCUUCGCAGUAGUUGGAGCGUCUGUGUGGUCUUUUUCUAUGUAGGAAAGUUGCGAAUAGUAAGUACCGGGCGAUUUCCCUCUACGGGAAGCAUUUGUCAAUAAUCGUGCAAAAAUAACGAGGUUGUAAGCCUUCUAGUUCUACAUACAAGUAUAACUAUUUUCGCGACUCGAAUUCUUGCGUUGGGCCUUUAUUUUCUCUGAUAUCGAUCGGGAAUAAUUCCAUACUGCAUCCCUGCAGCCUGAACGUGAUCGAAAUUCUGUACCAGCAGUGGAGCGAAACCCUACUGCGGGAGCUGAAGGCGCUUGCGCAGGAGCAAAAGCAGCCGUUCUUCCGCGAUUUGACCAUUGCGAGCACCAGCAGCGCCGAUGUGAAGCCCGGAAACAAUUCGUCGUUCCUGAACAACAGCAAUUUAUCCGAUCGAACGUCUGAUCAGCAGACCCCGAGUUCUGUGAUGGAGAACGUGAACGCGAUUUCGCAGAUGUCCAAAACCGACGACCUGCCGCCAACCCUGAAGGCGCAGACGGUUGCGAACCUGUUUUCCUCGACGGACGACCAAGAAGUCUGCGUCAAGACGCGGUACGUCGCGGAGCUCAAAGACUUGUUUCACAUGCUGACGAACCGCGGGCCGCCGCAUACCGAUCUGCACUGGCUGCACCUGCCGGCGCAGCUGUACGUACCGUCGUUCUCGGAUUUGAGGAAAAACUUCGCGGAACUAAUGCCCGGAACGAAUUGUGCUGAUGAAGCAGGCAAUUUGAGCAGCUCCAUGGCCGCGAGUAGGAUAAAUCCGCUGAUAAAUCUUGGGGCAGACGAUUUCCCGGUAAAGUUCUUGAAUGUUUGCUUGUUGUGUCGCACGAUAAUUCUUUCUGUUGGAAACUACAGGAAUGUGUCAUGCACUGGUUGCAAGAAGUGAUGGCUUUAUCUCAAAAAAAAAAAUCAAAUCAAACCUCAGUACCGUAAUCCAUUGUUUAGCGAUUUGGAUGACGAGAUCGCGGCCUGUGCCGGGGGCGGCGGAAGCGGUCUCUCAAAACUGCAGCAGGAAAAUGAGUACAUCGAGAACGCCAUAUCGCAGAAGUACGCGGAGGCUCAGGAGCUGCUUCAUCCGACGGAAAGCAGCGCAAAUCAGGGCGGGCUGUCCUCCCCAAGCAAAAAAUCCUCGUCCUCAAGCUAUCGAAGAAAAAAAAGGGUUUUGAGUCAGAAUUGGAAUCGUGUAGUGCUGUCUAGAAGCCAAAGUAACAGUGACGUGUAGAAGUAGAUGCAUCCCAUGGAUCCUGUUACUGGGUCGGUUCUGUGAAGACCACUCAAAUAAAUCUCUUGCCUUGGCUCAAACCCCUUCGUCCUAAUACCCGCUCGAAGCCUUCGUCCGGCACAAGUUCACAACCAGCGACGAGCAACUACGCUGUUGACUUCCUCAAAUUCUCCCGCACUGGUUGUCCCGCGGGCCUGCGCUACAAGCUUUGGAAGAACGCCCUGUUGCCGAUUCCGGAAGAGUUCACGCGGAAGAAAAACUGGGUGAAAAACAUCGCGCGAUCCUUGCUGAAGCACACGGAGUGGGUGGUCGACGACGUGCUGAAGCUGGACGUCAGUGAGAACGGCGGAUCCGACCCGCAUUUUUUUCCCUUUGACGAGCUGAUGGAAAAUUUGGUGAAAGUCCUAACCCGCGACCCGUCUGUGUUCGACGACUGUGUGGUGACGCCCCAAAUUCCGUUCCUGGCACCGACGACGCAUCUGUUGCCUUGCUACAAGCCGGAAAGCUUCAGCAAUUCGGCGAGCAGUUACGCAGCCUCCUCCUCGUCCACGGGCAGUUUUCACCACACAUCAACUUCUUCCAACUACCGCGAGAAAUCCAAAGUGGAACAGGAACAGAGCAAGCUGCAAAAAAUCCCCCCCUCCGGUAUCGUGCCGUUCCAGGGGUUUUCCGCGUACGCGGCGCCGUUCUGCUACCUGUCGAUGAAGAUGGAGGACGUGUACCCGCUGUACCAGGCCUUCUACUGUCGGCCCUGAACGAAAUAACCUAUGGCCAGCAAAGCUUAGACGUUUUAUGCCGUGCGUGUCGCUCCAUGCGGAUGAGCAUGAGUGGCGUGGCGCCGGCCAGGUGGCAGCGGUGAAAAUCCUUCCAGACGACCGUCUUGGGCGAUUGGGCCUUGAGUAAGCGACCCCCUUCUGUCUCGCGCACCACCAGAAUGCGCGUUGCGCCUCUUCCCCGGAUCGCGUCGCUGCUCGUUGCGCGCUAGCAUUGCGCAACAGAAAGCCAGGAGAGUCUGGCACACCAAAAUUGCUCCGGGCCACUGGCUCAAGCUGUGCUGCGCAGGAGGGGCGGCGGCUGUAAGUCGCCUGAGUGCUUAGGGCCAUUGGGGCCGAAGUCGCAUCCUGCUCUGCGGGGGUGAAGGGAUCAGUGUAGAGGCGUGCAGCGCAGGCGGGCGCAGUGUCAAGUAAAGGCAAUCGCUUCUCCUUGUGUGUAGGAGUUGGUGGGGAAGGCGGAGGAAAAGGCGGGUAGGAAGUAGCGGCUUCGCCGAGGACGCGCACUUUUUGACUAGGUGGCGACGGCGAGGACGCGCACUUUCUUUCUUGCCCACGGGGGCCUGGUAGGCAACUCGCGGGGGAGACCGUGCAGAAGCGGACCUGUUGCGCUUCACCCAUGCGUUGCCUGCUUGUUUCCGCGGCGCGCGGGCGUUUGAGCCGGGUUUGGUAUCCUGGCGGGCACAAGGGGGGGCCUGCCCGUCUUCGUGCCGUGCCUCGUUUUCGGCCCGGGCCCGAGACAGCUGCGUGCGGCGCAGCUGUGGCUACAGCUUUUCGAAGCCUCGCGAGCCAUCUUUGCGAAGUGGCAGCCCGCGUCUUUUCGAGUGUUCCUCCAGCGCCAGAAACCGCAAAAGCCCGGCGCGGGCCCAGUUGAAAAGCUGGGCACCGCAUCAGCCGCCGCACCUCCGCGCGGCCCUCGGCGUAGGGAGAACCGUUUAGCUUGGUCGGCGUCGGGCCGACGGGGGCGCAGCGCUAGCUUAAGUAGUUAGGGUUGUGCAGUGGCCUGGCGCGAUAUGCCAAACAGUCACCACCUGGGAGAAGAGUCAACACGCGACAGAUGACCGCCUGAUAGCUCUAGCACUUGGAAAGUUGGAAUGCGGAAGUGCCCUGCUGCCCAUAGCGAAACCAGUUUUAUUUUGUUUGGGGGCGUUUAUUGUGUUAUAUCGUGUACCCGCUGUACCAGGCCUUCUACUGUCGGCACUUGUGCAAGCUCCACACCAUCAGCAUGGAGCGCGGGACGUUGCUCCCACUGCUUUCUCUGUUCGAAACGCUGUUUUGCUUCGCCUGCCCCUUCGCGGCGCACAACCUGAUGAAAAUCGGGAGCGCGAGCUGUACUGCAGGGCAAGGUGGGCAGCAUGGGGCACACAACAGCAGCACCGCAAGCAAUUCGCGGAACAACCCAAACGUUACGCACGCACCAACGGCUGCCGAACUCCACCAAGCCUCCGCACUGGCGCUGAAAAUCGUGCUUCCUUGGAUAGUGAAGGGCUUCGUGGGAUUUUUGCACACGGACGAGGUGUUGUACCUGUGGGAUCGGGUAUGCAAAUGAGGAAAAAUUUGGGUGUAUUUUCGACAUGAUCAUUCUGUGAUGCAGAGCGGAGUCAUCUGUCAUGGAAAUGUUGCCUUGUGGAAAUCUUUGCUCUAGCGGCAAGAGCACUGUGAAGAGUAGACCCUCUGAAAGCAUAAUGAGGGAGGUGCUCGCCGACCUUCUCGUACUACAGCGACUGACUCGAUGAAGUGAACAACGCAUGACAAAUUCUCCUUCCAUAGCUCGUUCUCGGGUACGAAUCAACGGAAAUCUUCGCGGUACUCGCAGCUGCAAUCUUCGCUUUCAAGGAGAAACUCAUUGUGAAUGCAAAGUCUCUGGAAGACAUCGAAGUCAUUUUCGCCGACGUCAGUCAUUUGAAGGUUCUGCCGUUGAUACAAAACUUCUUGUGGCCGGACGAGUAGAGUAGAUCGCUGUCCUCUAUACGAGUACUUAUCAUCUGUUCUUACACGCAUUUGCCAAGUUGUCUUUUGUUCUGUGGUUCUUGUUGACUCAAAAGACCCAGUCCAGAGUCGUGUAGAAACACGCAU